AUGCCCUCCAAGCUCCCGCUCAGAGAACGCGCAUGGGGGACGCGUUACGAUAGCCUGGGGCCUUCGCCGCCCAUAUCACCACAGAAGCAAGCAUUCCCGACGCCUGUUACAACGCCCAUCAGCCGUCCCACUUCGGUGGACAUCAACACUUCAGAACAGGAAUUGCCCGCUGCUCACACUCCCUCCGCACACCGACAUCCCGAGAAAAUGCCACAUGACGCGAGUGUCUUUGUCGGCAGUUUGCCAUCCACAGUCGACAUCCCAGAACUGACGCGGCUUUUGCGUGAACACCUGUCUCAGCACACUGAAGUAAAAAGCGUCAAAGUCGUGCGCGACCCUCACAAGAAUGGCACAUGCGCAUUCGUACAAUGUCAAAAUGCAGCCACGGCCGCUCGACUCAUAGAUGCUCUACGGACGCUCCCACCCCGACCAUUCCUGGGCAGGAUAUUACGAUAUGAGCCGGCUCGAGCUACAAGGACGCUGCUUAUCUCGUAUCGACAGCCUACCAAAGUCGUGAAUGUCUCCAGCAGCCAGAACACGUCAGACCAAACGACUCACGAGGACCACGGUACCGCCGCAUUCCCUACAGCUAUGAGAGUUUACCAACCGAACAGCUCGAAAUUUCUCGAGAUCGUCUACGACGACGAGGCGCGCCACUACAGCAUUGAUUCAUUGACUCAAAUCAGCAAUGUCGAUCUAUCGCCUUUCAGCGGCGAUGGUGUACUCAUCGAUCCCCUGCAGUUCGACGCUGAGAAUAUUCGUGAGAUUGUGCUCGCCUUUGGUCCCAUUGAGCAUUUUGCGGCGUAUGUCCCCUUGGCUACUGAGCUCAAUCAAGGCAACGGUCACACAAGCGGGCAACUACUGUUCCCUCGCCCACAUGAUGGUCCGCGAUCCGCGAGCAUGGAUCAAAAUGUGUGGGAGGCCAAGUGGGAACACCGAAACGAUUGCGUCAAUGCUCUCAUGACGUUGCGUCGUGUACCAUUCCUAAACGUCAGCUGGGCCCAUCAUGCGGACUCGGCCUUGGCACAGAACACCUAUGCAAGAAGUCCUAGCCCCGCACUGAACACUCGUGACCGCCCCUCUUAUGCACAAGCACAGUGCCAUUCGACUGGUGGUCUAACGCCUACCCCGCACCAGCAACUCUGUGUGGAGACCUCAUGCCUUCGUGUUGAUGCGAUGACCAAGAGACAGGUGCACACUAUAACACGCGCUGCGCCUCUUCCGGAGGACGUCACACCGACCGCGAAGCCGUGGUCUCUUGCACAUGACGCACCUCAGACUUCGCUUCUCGGCUAUAAUGAAACUGUGCAGAAGGCCGAUUCUUACAGCGUUCCUAACGACGGUGCAAAGAGCCUGAAGUGGAGCGACUCCGAUUUCCCCCCUCUCGAUGUCCCGGAAGGAGAUGGUCGUACUAGAAAGCGCGGCGAGAGCUCACGCCUUUCGUGGAACGGUGGUCGACUGCCUUCCAAUGGACACGAUCUACCGGCGUCACCUGCAUCCUCUCUGUCCGUGAACCCAUCGACAACACCCGUCAGAUCGCGCUCGCAUUCUGGCAUUCCUACUGAAGCAUCCCCCCUUCGUCGACUUGACCCCGCGGAACCGCAUUCGAAACGUACAUCCAAUGAGAAUCCCAUCCAGAUGUCUCCGGAUCGUUACGCUGCGCCUCACACACCGAGGUCAGGUCAAUUUCCCAUUCCCUCGAGUGUACGUCAAGGCGAGGGUGCCUCAGGACAUUCCUUCAGUCACGAUAGAGACUUGCAGCACAGCUUCGAGCACACGGAUACUCCCAGACGACCCGCUUCGCUAGGUGGCCAUGGUCAGGAAUGGUUCGCCAGUGACAAGCCUCGUGUCGACCCAACCACAGUCUUCGUCGGCGGGCUGGACGUCUACAAUGACGACGUGUGGGACGAAUCGCAUCUCACGGCUAUUUUCGCACAGUAUGGCCGAAUAGAAAACAUUCAGGUUGUUCGACCCCUCAGUAAGAAGUCUGCAUUUGCAUUCAUCAAGUUCAGCGACACGGAGGCCGCGGCAAAGGCCGUGCAGGAGGAGCAUAAUCGCGUUCAUAGUGGCCGUCAGAUUCGCGUUCAGCUAAGGGAUCAUAAUCCACGCCAGCACAGUCCGUGGCGACAGCCGCUCGGCAGAGGUAGUUUAAUGCCGGGGCUCAACCCAUCGCCACUCCGCGCCGACGGAUACCGAGACCCAAACUACCCUCGUAAUGACUCAAUGACAGAGAGUCCUGGAUCGAGAGCGUCUGCUGGUUUUGCUAAUCAAGAGCCUGCAAGGCUUAAUGUCAAGACGCGAACACCCUUCACAUCUCCGGGUCGCUUCAGCAGGGCAGAUGCUGGAGAGGAGUCUCCUCGAAAGCCCUCUCGGCUCGGCGAUCGAGUUUCGGAAUCCAACAUCUCCUCCCUAUCUUCUACUACGACCAGGGUUUCAUUACCUGCCCCUGCGCCAGCGUAUGAUCAUCAAUCUCGACAGACUGCGGCCGCCACGCCUUCCACUUCCGUAAGCUCUGUGGGGCCAUCUGCCUCCGUAUCUGGGGCAGCGCAACCAUUCGCCCUACCGAGCGUCGGUUACUUCGCUCCCCCUUGGGUGCAUGCUUAUCCUCCUCCUUAUCCGUACCCAGUCCCUUACAUGCACGUCCCGACAUAUGCACCAGCUAUGCCUCCCUCGCAUCCUCAGCAGUCUCAUCACACCGUAACAGACGCCCCAGGUUCAACGACUUCCCAGCAUGCAUGGUCACCAGCGAACGAGUCGCAGAGGCCGCUAAUUCCCUUCAUGUCGUAUCCGCCCGUGCCUGCGUACAACGACCAAACUCAAUCGCAGUCAGCCCAGCCGUAUCCUUUCCAGUCACACCAGCAGCCUCCGCUACGACCUACGGGUUUCAUACAAGGACAACAUGGCAUGCUGAUUCCCGUCUAUCAGCCCGAAGCUCUCCACCAGUACAUGUCGAGUACGGAUCAGACUCAACCAACUAGUCAAGGGCCCGCACCCCCGCCUCACACGUCAACAUGGCCGCAACAUGCGCAGUAUCCCUUCGCUCCUUAUCACGCCCCAUGCAACAUACGGGUCCACGGUCCUCCCAGCACUCGCAGUCGUACUCGCAGAAAGCCUGGGUGCAUACCCCACACGACCUAUCUGCAUACAACGGGCCGCCGUAUCACCACGGUCCACUGCUCCUGCCACCUUCUGCGUCUAUGAGUAGCAUGCCUUCGUUCGACGGCACUAAUCCUGUUCCUUUCCCCGGCAAUAUGCGGCAUGUGCAUCGUAACGGUGGCAUCUCGUCUCCUAGACGCAGUCAUCGACGAGACCAUGCACAUGCAAGUCCAUUUCCCAACCAGCGUGCGUAGGAGCGUUGUAGCCCUCGUCGUCAAAUUGCAAUCAUGCAGUAUAGGUAUCGUCGCACUCACACUUCCUCGAUCGCACGCCAUGUCGGACUCGAUGACUUCAUUGCCUUUCACUGUAGCACCUGCACCUUUCGUCGCCUCCCUAAUUGUACCAUAGUCCCGGGCCAGUACCCUGCGUGAUAAUAGAGCGUGCAGUGUUAUCUCGCGAACAAGGAGAAAUACUGCGAGGCAUCCGCGUCAGCUUGGGGCACACGGACGCAGCAGCAGUAUUAGGCCCUGAAACAGACUAU